AUUUUUUUUAUAAAAGAACAAAAAUUUUUCUCUUUUAAUUGUGUUUUCUUUUCUUCUAAUUAAUUGGUUAAUUAUUUCAAUUUUUCUCGCUCCAUUUAGAGAUUAAUCAUAUUUUGGAGAAACUAUGGCGACUAAACCAGUUUGGUCUAAAGUUAUUCUGAUCGGAGAUUCAUUGGUUCAGUUUUCAUUUAAUCCCGAUUCUGGAUGUUGGGCAUCCAUGUUAGCCAAUAGUUUACAGAGAAUUAGUGAUGUUGUUACUCGAGGAUUUAGUGGUUACACUUCAAGAUCAAUUAGGAAUGUUUUGCCCGAUAUAUUGAGUAAAGAUGAUUACGAUCAAGCUGCUUGUAUCAUUUUAUUCAUCGGUGUAAAUGAUGCUUGUGAUAAUACGAGUAUUCAACAUGUACCCAAAGACCAAACUGAAGACAAUUUGACCGCUAUCUUAGCCUAUCUUAAAGAACAGGGAGUUCCCACUUCAAAGAUCAUCAUGUUAACUCCUACCUGUUUCUUUUUCGAUGAAUUUCAAGCUAUUCAUGAUUUUAAACUUCCACAACGAUAUCCAGAUGAAUACAGUAAAAUUGUUCGUAGAGUUGCUGAUAAAGCGGGCGUUGAAAUCGUUGAUACGAACAAACUUUCUAACGAGCAUCCAAAUCCUCGGAGCCUUUUCUAUGAUGGUAUUCAUCUUAAUCGCACGGGAGCUGAGCUUCUUUACAAAGCUAUUUGGCCUUCGGUUGUCAAACGCGUUACUGAUUUCCAUGGAUCGUUUGAAAUUAAACUUCCAAUUUGGGAAAUCAAAGAAAAAGAAUUACAAUAAUCAAUUUUAAUUGUAAACAAAAGAUUUUCUAAUUGUUAAAUCUUAUCAAACGAUGUACUUUGUUUUAUAUUGAAACAAUGAAACUGAUUAAUUUAA